CCAUAAAUACCUGAUCCUUCCCUUCUCCGUAAAACACAACAUAUCCAUCCUUUUUCUAAACAAUCAAUAUGAAGUUGGCUUCCAGUUCAGCCCUUAGCCUUGCAUGGCUUCUCAUGAUAGCCACGCCAGCCCUAUCCCAAUCCGACAACGCCUCCGUUCUCGAUACGAACGGCCAUCCUCUCCAACGUGGCGUUGAGUACUACAUCAAGCCCGCUAUCACCGACUCCGGCGGCCGCUUCACUCUCAUCAACCGCAAUGGCUCCUGCCCUCUCUAUGUCGGCCAGGAAAACAACGACGCUGGGGAAGGUCAGCCAGCGACCUUCUCGCCGUAUGCCGGAGAAGACAACGUCGUGAAGGUGAACAGGGACUUCACGGUGGUGUUCUCCUCCGCCGUCACCAUAUGUAUCCAAUCAACACAAUGGAAGCUGGGCGAGAGGGACACAACUAGUGGGAGAAGACUUAUCGUGACUGGUUCUAGCGAUGGUGAUCGUGAUUAUACUAUCUAUUUUAGGAUUGUGGAGACACAGUCCGAAGGAAUCUAUAACAUUCAAUGGUGUCCUACAGAAGUGUGUCCUACUUGCAAGUUUGAUUGUGGGACUAUGGGUGGAUUACGCGAGAAUGGCAAGAUUCUGGAGGCUCUGGAUGGUAAUGUUCUUCCUGUCAUGUUUGAGAGGAGGGCAUAAUCGUCAGUGUCGUUAUAGUUUGUGAAUCAAGUAGUGUAAUAUUUGGUUUAUAUUAUUGUUGUUGUUGUUGAUGGUUUUUUAGUAUUUGUAAUGUGGUUAAGGAAUAAUUGUGGGUUAUUUAUUCAUCCUAAUUAGCAGAAUAAGAGGAUGAAAGGAAGAUAUCAUGUAUUCUUUCGUUGUUAUUUAUAUAAUAAAGCUCUAAACUGUCCAAUUUUUA